AUGGGAUCAUCAUCAUCCAAAGCAUCAUCGUCUGCAUCAAAUACACCAUCAACAUCAAACUCAUCACUUGGUGAUAUUAGUGCACCCAGUGGUUCAUCACAUGUUGACUACAGGUCAAAGCCUAAUAUCGAAGAGAUUGGUGUCGGCAAUCAUGGUGGCAUAGAUGUAUCAAAGAGUAUACUGGACUUUAAUAUGGGCGAUCGUCCAUGUCCUCUCAGGACCACCGUUCAGGACCAAUUCGCCAUCGCCAACAUGUCAAAGAACAAGCUAAAGUUCCAGCUCGAGCCGCUUGUGCCACAGGAGUUCCAGCUCAGCUUCAGUCCGGCAUCGGGCACAAUCGAGAAGGGCAAGGUCAAGCUGAUCAAGGUCAAGCUGGUCGUUCUCCAAAAGAUCAACACCAAUCACAAGGCAGUGCUCCGUGUAGAGGGCGGUGUCAGCCACUUCCUCACCGUCAAGAUACGUUGUGAGACUGGUGUGUUUGGUGUCGAUCCCUCCACUCUGGAACAAGUGGAGGAUGAAGGAUACCGUGUACCGGCCAUCCUCGUACAAAUGAAGAGAUCACUUAUAGAGUUUGGAGGUCUAGAACAAGAAGGUAUCUUUAGGCUCGCUGGUGAGCAGACCGAGAUCAAACGUAUCAAAGGUUCAAUGAACAAGAAUGAGUUUACAUCAAGCAACGACAUCAAUACUGUCGCAUCACUGAUCAAGAUUUGGUACAGAGAAUUGCCAACACCUAUUCUAAACUCGAUACCAACAGAGAAUAUCUUCCAUUGUAAUGAUGUGGAGACAUGUGUGGAGGCGGUAAACAGACUGCCAAGCAUACAAAAGAACCUUCUGGAUUGGUUGUUGGCUCUCUUGCUUCAAGUGGCAUCACAUGCCAGUGUCAACAAGAUGACUCUACAGAAUUUGGCCAUCGUAGUCGCACCCAACCUUUAUGAUGUAUCCAGUUCCAAUCCAAUGGAGGGACUGGUCCUCUCACAAAAGUGUGUACAGUUCAUUCACAAUGUGCUCACCUACAGAUUGGCUCAUCAAUCAGAGCGCGCCAUACCGAAGGUCUCAUCAUAA